AUGUCGUUCAUCGUCGAACAUGCGAAACAGGCCGUCACCGACAAACAAACCAAUGUCGUCAUUUUCUCGGCCACGGCCAUUGCCCUCUAUGGGUACGACCAGGGAAUGAUGUCCCUCAUCAACACGAAUUAUGACUACCUAUCCACCAUGGGCCUCGAGGAGGAGUCACCAGUCGUGGGUGUGAUCGUAGCGGUUUACUACCUCGGCUGCGCUGUCGGCGCUGUGCUCUUCUCCAUGCUCGCUGAUAAGUUGGGAAGGAAGAAGAGCAUCUUUGCCAGUCUGGCAACAGCUAGUUUGGGAAAUCUGAUCAUGUUCGUAGCCGGAAUGGGCAUGUUGGGAAAGAGCACGGAGAUCGCAUUGGGCGUUAUGCUUGCUGGACGCGUGGUGAUGGGAUUGGGCGUUGGAGGCAUCGACGCAGUCAUUCCCACCUACUCCUCCGAGUUGAGCGCCGACGACUCUCGUGGUAAAGCGCUGGCCCAGGAAUUCCAGUCCAACAUCUUCGGUCUCGUAAUGGCGUUUGGUAUCAACUUGCUCGUCACCAUCCUCCUUGGAAAGCAAAACCAGUGGGCAUGGCGCGUCCCUAUCAUUGUCAUGCAGGUCUACCCCGUCCUGUUGAUGGCAUUUGUCGAACGCCUUCCGGAAUCACCGCGUUGGUUCAUCUUCCAUGACCGCCAAGAUGAUGCGAAGAAGGCAUUGGACGACAUCUAUGGAGAUGAGGGCAAGGAGAAGCUUGAUGAGCUACUUGAACAGCACGAGAAGGAGAAGGAUAUCAAGGUUGGGUACAUGGAUAUGCUCACCCCCGGCCACGAGCAGUUCCAUCCUACUAUGGUCACAGUGAUGUGCCAGGUCAACCAGGCGCUUACGGGUUACGGUGCAGUUAGUGUGUACGGGCCGCAGAUCUUUGAGCUCCUAGGCUUCUCAGUCCGCAACUCUGAAUACCUCACCCUUGGCAACUACGUGUCCUACUUCUUCCUCAUGACGCUCGCUUGGCUCUUGAUCGAUGCUAUGGGCCGACGCAAGAUUAUGAUUCACAGUUCUGUCAUCCUUGCCACUUCUUUCGCACUUCUCGGUGUUUUCGGUGGCUUAGCAGCAAACUCUGAGCCCAUGAACAUUCCCAUUAUCGUCCCCGGAAUCAUUGGAACCGUAAUUUUGUUCGUCGCCACCGGCGCUUUCGGAAUCGGCUGGCUCUCAACCGUGUGGUUGUUCCCCACUGAGGUCUUCCCGACCACCGCUCGCGCCCAAGGCACCGCUAUCUCCGUCAUCAUUUGGGGCUUUGCCAACUUCGCCAUUACCUUCCUCACGCCCGUCCUGUUCAACAACCUCGACUACUGGAUUUUUGUCGUCUUCGCUGCAACCAAUGCUUUCGCUGGACUAUGGACGUACUUCUAUCUCCCGGAGACUGGUGGCAGGACAUUCGACGAGAACAUGGACUUCUUCAAAGAGGCGGGUGAGCAAGGAACAUGGAGGGUUGGCAAAGUGGGUAAGGGCGAGUGGAAGAAGAUGUACUAUCCCGAUGCUGAGGGAGGUGAUGCCGUAGAAGCGGAACGUGUACCGCUGUUGCAGCGGGUGGAGGACCAAGUUCCUAGCACAGCCCAGCCCGCAACGGGAACAAUAGAGAAAGGCAGCCCAGCCUUCUAUGACGCGGGGGUUCUGAGGGACCCUCGCGGCAUAGUAAAAGCGGCGCAAAAGUCCUCCUAUCUCGGCGGCGAUCACAACAUCGAUCCCUCAGACCUCCCAAAUUUUACACAGCUCUGGAAUGCAACCUUCAACCCGGACGAGAAACAUUGGGCGCGCCCUCUCGUUCACACGCUUUCCUCCACCGGCCGCCAAAUCGUCUUCACCGCGUCCACCGAGAAUCGCAUCAGAACCUUCGACGCAGAGACCGGGCAGCUACUCAACGAGCGCCAAGUCGCUCCACCAUGGCCAAUGGACCAAGCGUAUUGCACGACGCACGUCAGCAAAACAUUAGGCAUAAUGGGCACGCCAGUCAUCUACCGCGAAGACGGCAACGAAAUCGCAUUUUUCUAUGUCAAAAGCUACAUCGAGGACUAUAGACAGCCAGGUGGCGCGUAUCCGCCUCUGAAUUCCGUUUACUAUCUCUACGGCGUAUACCUAGACACUUUGCAGGAUCUAUACAAAUACCCCAUGAUCAUUGAUGGCCAGCCCUCCGACAACGAUAUACGCAAGACGUUUCUCGGCGGUUUGGUGUUGCAGCGACCCGCGCUGCUGUUGCUGGGCGAUGUGCUGUAUGCGGGGUUUGGCGGGCUGUGCGACGCGUUCAACUACACCGGAAGCGUUGUUGCUGUCAAUCUCGCGACGCAGAAUACGUAUACUUGGACUACGCAAGCAGGAAACGCGAGUUUGUAUAAUGACGACUGGACAGCAUGGCAUGGGGGUGGCGCGGGUGGCAUCUGGCAGGCUGGCGCAGGUCUCUCGUCAGAUGGCAAGGACGUGUUCUUCACGAUUGAUAAUGGCGGCGGGUCGACGGCUGCAACCCUUGAUGUCACCCCGAGAGAGGGUCACGAGUCGUUGGGUGUUCUUUCGGAAACCGUGGCGCGUAUUACUCUUGAUGAGGCUGGUGGUGCUGGGAUUCAACUUGUUGAUUUCUUCCGUCCGUCGGACUGGCAGACGGACUCUGGACAGGACAUUGGAAGUGGGGGGUUUGCUGUCCUUGAUGGCGAUGUUUUCGAGACUAAGAGUGGAAAGAGGAUAGGUAUAGCGACCUCUACGAAUCCGAAGAUGUACGUGACGGAAGUUGACAGCUUGGGUGGGUAUCUGCAAGGUACAAACGGUACGGAUGGAAUCCUGCAGACCAUUCUUUUAGAAGGCGAGGUCUUUGGUGCGAUUGGAUCUUAUCCGCUAGAAGGCGGUUAUGUCUACGUCAACCCUGGCAACACCGCUCUAUCCGCGUACGCAUUCACUCCGAACGCAUCGUCCUCGCUCUUCAGCCUCGCUGGCAAAUCCUCCGACAUGAACGGACACUGGGGUGGUGCUGGUCUCCCGACAGUUACCAGCAACAAAGGCCAGCCUGGCACAGGUAUCGUGUGGGCCACGGAUGUGCAGGCUGGACUGAGAGCGUUCAAGGCGGUGCCGGUCAAUGGGACGUUGGUUGAGCUGCCGCUGCCGAAGGUGGAGGGUGCGGUGAAGUUUGGAAGACCUGUGUUUGGCAAUGGGAAGGUUUUUGUUGUUGACGGUCAGGGACGCUUGAUUGCGUUGGGGAGGAAGAAGUAG